AUGACGCUUGUCAUAUGCCAACAUGACCUCGUUCGCCGGGUCAUUCGACCUGAACGCAGAGCCGUGACACAAGGUGUACCCUCAUCGAUCCUCGGUAGUAGAGCAAAGCUCCGGCUCCGGUCCACUUUUCAUUUCUUUGUUGCAGCCUCAAUACCUAAGGCUCAUGUAACACUCAUCACUCCUUCGAGCCAUUUUUUCUACAACAUCGCCUCUCCAAGGAUUUUGGCCAAACCCAACGUGUUUCGACCAGAACAGUAUUUGAUCAAUAUUCCGAAGCUUUUCGCCCACCACGACUCGAAUGCUUUUCACUUCGUAGAGGGACUCGCAGCGACAAUCGAUCAGGACAAUCGAGUGGUCAGGCUCGUCGGUCGCAAGGAGAUACCGUAUGAUUACCUCAUCAUUGCAUCAGGAAGCACCACUCAGUCUACCGAGGGAGUGGACAGCGAUAUAGUACCGUGGAAAGCUCGACAAAAUGGUCAAACGCUUGAAUGCGUCAUGGAAAGUCAGAAAAAAAUUGCAACCGCCAGGGAAAUAAUCAUCUGCGGCGCGGGACCUGUGGGAGUGGAAUUCGCAGGCGAGCUUGCCGAUGUACUUAGAAAGGACAAGAAGGAGCGCCGUAUUACCCUCAUUUCCGCAACAGACAGGGUUUUGACUCAGGUUAACGAGCGUGUCGGCUGUCAUGCUAUGACAGUCCUGAAUCGUCUGGGCGUCGAAGUCUCCAGAGGAAGUAGGGUCAUCUCCGCCAGUCAUGAUACUGCGUCUGCGAGAUGGAUCAUCAAAUUGGAUGACGGAACGGUCAUGAGCUCAGACUGCUACAUCUCCACAACUGGUCCUGUACCAAACAACAAAUUCGUUCCAGAUCACUUUCUUGACGACCAAGGAUGGGUGAAAGUUGAUGCACACCUUGUGCCAGUGUAUGCGAUUGGCGAUAUCGUUGCACACCAACCUCGGACCGUGCGUGCCAUUAGCGAGCAGCUGCCUGUACUCCUGGCCACUCUUGAAGCGGAUUCCCAAGGCACAUCGUCUGAUCGUAGAUUGAAUUUGACAUACUCGCCGAGUCCAAAACUUCCAUCAUGA